CCUCUCUCUCUCUCUCUCUCUCUCUUUGCGCGCACGUCCAGCCUCCCUCUCCUCCCCUCACACCGUCUCCGAGGCUCUUGGAGGGAGGACGGAUAAACGGCGCUGACGGUACACCGGAUUUUGUGUCGUCGAUACCCGCAAGGAGGGAGGCUGAGGACUGCUACGGUGAUUUCGUGUCUCUCUCUCUCGACACCUUCACCACGUCCAUCCCCGGGAGCCGUAUCCAGACGCACUGUCCUGCUCUGUUCAUCUCUUCUUCUUCUUCUUUUUUUUAUAAUCAUCUUUGAGCCCCGCUUGGUUGGGUUUUUGGUAUUUUUUUUUUCAUUUGCCUCUGCGCUCCAGCGGAUAAAAGAAAAAAGGAGAACGAACAUUUGGGUGGAGAACCGACUUUUUUUUUCUUCUUUUUUUUUACCCUUCCUUCUCCACGCGCAUAAAAAAAAACAGAAAGAAACUGGGUUUUCCAUCAGUGGAUGUGUUGGACAUCUGAUGUAACACGCAUCGCUAUAUAGUUGGGAAGAAGUGAGCCUUUUCUCUACUGGCUCGUAUGUAUUGGGGGAAUUUCCUUGGACAGACGGGCUGCGCACGGACUCUCUCACACUUCCACCGAGGCGGAUCUGUGUCACUGUGCAGAGGAGGAAAAUCAACACCACAACAGAUAAUCAACGCCAGUGAUGAGCUAAAGGCCCGGUGAUUGGAGGAGAGAGGGAAUGAACAAAUCGUGAGAUCGAGAACAAGAACAAGGAGACGAAAGGCAGCGGGGUGAAAAAAGCCGGUGAUGAGAAUCCACAGCAACAGGCCGCCAUCUCAGCUAAUGAAGUAAAAAAAACCAACAACUCAUCAACGACAUCUUGUCAGCAAAGAACAGGAUCUCGCCUCGGUGGGAGCGGAGCUCCACUGAGAGGAAGCAGAAAGCCGGGGGUCGACGCGAACGCGCUCGGGUUGCUCCGGUUGGACAAGAACCUCCAGUGGCCACGAUGAAGCGGCAGGGCCUCGGGCUGCUCAGAGCCCUCCUGGUGCUGCUGGGCGUUGCUGCGCUCUGCAGCGUCGCGUUAGGAACCCGGAAAGGAAACGCUUCCGUGGACGAAAGGAGCCACAGACACAGACACCCAGGUCACUUGUCGCUGCACAGACACAGACAGAGGACGGGGAAGGAAGGCCAGGUGCUCCACAGGUCCAAGCGAGGAUGGGUCUGGAAUCAGUUCUUCGUCAUUGAGGAGUACACCGGACCCGACCCAGUUCUGGUGGGCAGGCUCCACUCAGACGUGGACUCGGGCACGGGCUACAUCAAGUACAUCCUUUCCGGCGAGGGCGCGGGAACGAUCUUCGUGAUCGAUGACAAGACGGGCAACAUCCACGCCACGAAAACCCUGGACCGCGAGGAGCAGGCCCAGUACACGUUAACGGCGCAGGCGGUGGAUAGGGACACCAACAAGCCCCUGGAGCCUCCGUCAGAGUUCAUCGUGAAAGUUCAGGACAUCAACGACAAUCCUCCGGAGUUCCUACACGGGCCGUAUUACGCCCGGGUGCCCGAGAUGUCCAACGUUGGUACCUCGGUGAUGCAGGUGACAGCGACGGACGCCGACGACCCCACCUACGGCAACAGCGCCCGGCUGGUGUACAGCAUUCUGCAGGGACAACCGUACUUCUCCGUGGAGCCUCAGACAGGUAUCAUUCGUACCGCCCUGCCCAACAUGGACCGCGAGGCGCGCCAGGAGUACGACGUGGUCAUCCAGGCCAAGGACAUGGGCGGUCACAUGGGGGGGCUGUCGGGCACCACCGAGGUCAAAAUCACCCUGACGGACGUGAACGACAACCCUCCAAAGUUCACAGAGAGUGUGUAUCCCAUGUCGGUGUCAGAGGACAAGGUGCCGGGGGAGGAGGUGGGUCGGCUGAAGGCCAAAGACCCCGACCUGGGAGACAACGGACUGGUGAACUACCGCCUGAUAGACGGAGACGGACUGAGCAUGUUUGAACUGAGCACCGACUCGGAGACCAGAGAGGCCGUCAUCAAACUGAAGAAGAUGGUGGACUAUGAAACCAAGAGGAUGUACACUUUGAAGGUGGAGGGAUCCAACCCUCACAUUGACCCUCAGUUCAUUGCCUGGGGGCCUUAUAAGGACGAAGCAACAAUAAAGAUAUCAGUGAAGGAUGCAGACGAGCCUCCUGUGUUUGUAGCUCCCAGUUACACUUUUGAGGUGGAAGAGAACGCGCCCGAAGGCACCCCGGUGGGACGGGUCCACGCCAAAGACACCGACGUCGCCAACAAUCCUGUCAGGUACAUGAUCCCUCGGUACACCGACGUCGAGCAGUUCUUCAGCGUAAACGCAGAAGACGGCAUGAUCACCACAACGAGACCGCUGGACAGAGAAGCACAGCUCUGGCACAACAUAUCUGUGUCGGCAACAGAGAUAGGAGGCCACCACCAGGACACAAAAGUGCGUGUUAACAUCAAAGUGAAAGAUGUGAAUGACAACUCCCCAGAGUUCGCCACCAACAACGAAGUCCUCAUGUGUGAAACUGUCUCGCCGGGCAAGGUCAUUGAAACAGUGAGUGCAGUGGACAAAGACGAGAUGGCUCACAGACAACACUUCACGUUCAGCCUCGCCCCCGAAGUCGCCCACAACCACAACUUCUCGCUCAAAGACAACCGAGACAGCACAGCCAGCAUCUAUGUGCUCCGCAAAGGGUUCAGCCGCCUCACGCAGGACGUGUACUACCUCCCCAUCGAGAUCAACGACAACGGCUUCCCGGCCCUGAGCAGCACCAACACGCUGACCAUCCGAGUGUGCUCCUGCGACAGCAAGGACACCAUCCUCUCCUGCAACGUGGAGCCCUACGUGCUCCCCGCCGGCCUCAGCACCGGGGCGCUGAUCGCCAUACUGGCCUGCAUCGUCAUCCUGCUGGCGAUCGUGGUGUUGUUUGUCGCGCUGCGGCGCCAGAAGAAGGAGCCGCUGAUCGUGUUUGAGGAGGAGGACAUCAGGGAGAACAUCAUCACCUACGACGACGAGGGGGGCGGCGAGGAGGACACGGAGGCUUUCGACAUCGCCACACUGCAGAACCCAGACGGUGCAAACGGUUUCCUGCCGAGGAAGGACAUCAAGCCGGAGCUUCAGUAUCCCCUCAGGCCCGGCAUGGGGCCUACGGCGGCCAACAGCGUCGACGUGGACGACUUCAUCAAGAGCCGAAUCGCGGAGGCCGACAGCGACCCGACCGCGCCGCCCUACGACUCCAUCCAGAUCUACGGCUACGAGGGCAGAGGAUCGCUGGCUGGCUCACUGAGUUCCCUCGAGUCUGUCACGACAGAGUCCGACUUGGAUUAUGACUAUCUGCAGAGUUGGGGGCCGAGGUUUAAGAAGCUGGCGGAUUUGUACGGGACCAAAGACUGCUCCAUUGACGACGCGGACGAUGGCGAGGACUCUUAACAGUGGUCUCCGCGAGUGGACGCCCGACCCCCCCCCCCCCCCCCCCCCCCAACUGAUUCGUCGAUUCAACGAGGAUUUGUUAACUGAGGCUUAACACUUCCCGGUUCCCGAUUGCUACCGACCGAUCAGUUCAUGCCAACUUGUCAACGAACGUUAACGGCUCUUCCUUCCCCGGCGAUUUCGUUUAUGAACAAAUAAUGAACGCUUGGACUCGAACCCCUCCCGAAAUCCCCCCCCCCCCCCUUCCUGUAUCUCGUUCCUUCUCUCUAUUUCUACAGACUUGAGCAUUGUAGGGCUGGGAGAUUUGUCAUGUCACCAUUUGUCUGUUUGUAAGUAACUUGCUGGGGGGGGGGGGGGGGGGGGGCGCUGUGGGAACAAUGUUGCUGUAUGAUCAAAAUGACUUGCUUAUAGCAAAAGUGUUCAGUUCAUUAGAGUUUCAAGAGACUUUUGUGGAAUGGAUUCGCCUCCUUCCUCACUUGUUGCUGGGAGACAUUUUAAUUCCUUAGCAUUGUCCUGAGUGGUCGUCGCGGGUCACAUGGUGGCGCUCUUUGGAUUGGAUGUAAAAGAGAACGUUAGCGUGGGAAUCCAGCGACUGCCUGAUCUUACGAGAAAGGAAUUGAAAGGUAACAAUGCGUCAGUAGACAAAUGCUUUUUUUCUCCCUCCUUUUUCCCCCGAAUCCGCGGUUGUGUGUGCAGACUUCAGCAGGUACUUUGAUUUCGACGGCGUGACAGACUCUGGGUUGUUGAUACUUUGAAGAUGCUCGCAGCGUCUACGCAGUAUGGUGGCCUUAUAAUAAAUAAACAACAACUCCAGGGGUAAACACAACAAGGGGAUUCAUAGAGGCCGUGAAGCUAGCUUCAGUAGCGACACACAGACAGAGCGAAGCCAACGCGAGGACUGAGCGUCUACGAAAAAAAUGCUCCUCACCCCAUUUUUUGGUUUCACUCCCAAAAAGAGACAAACGAAAUAUGGAUUCAAUUCAAAGACUGUGGAUGGUACUUUUUGUUUUCAUUCUUCACUGGAGAGAAGACAUGACGCCCAGCCCCCCACCCCCCGUACCGUACGCUCCCCCCUGCCCCCCCCCCGCCCCCCAAUUCCUCCCCAUCAACAAUCACGCCCCCACACCACCAAGUCCACCAAUGAAUGAUCCCGCGCUCAUUCGGAGUCCACCAAUGAUGAUCAAUCACGACGAGGUUUUGAAACAGAAAAAAAACAAACAACCUGUGAGCUCUAAAAAUCGCCUUAAACCUAAAAUGGACACUCUUGCAACGCAGUGCAUUCUGUUUUAUCUUCUUUUCUUUUUGGUUUUUCUUUUUGUAACACGAAAAAAAAGUAUAUCCAGAACGCAAACUAUUCUCCAUGUUAGGUAUGUACAGAGCGAUGUGCAGACACGUGAUGAAUCACUAUCGAGCAGCCGACGCUUAAAAUGGAAUGUGUGCCGGUUCUGCCGGCGUCUUCAAAUGUAGGUCCGAGGAGUCGCGCGUCGUGUUCAUUUCCCCCCCGACACCGGCUCGGUCGGCGGCGACAUCUGUUGUAUCAACACGUGUUGCUCUCGUGCGCAUAAAAAUGUGCAGAGUGGGAAAUAACACACGGUGCGUUUCUCGGAGCCACAUCUACAAAAGGGGCGGAAACCGGAACUUCCUCUUUUUUUUAAGCAUGUCGGUUCUUGUUCAAUCACUCUCCUUUUUUUAUGUUAUUAUAUUAUUCUGGUUAUUAUUAUUGUUGUUGUUUUUUUAUUAUUAUUAUUAUAAUUAUUAUCAUUAUUAUUAUGUCAAGGUUUUUUCUUUGUUUGGCUGCAGCUACACAGGAGCAGAUUCACGUUUAACUUUUUGCAGCUCAGAUUUGAAGUUCUGUGGUUGUGUCGACGUGGAGAGACCACGUGGAAUAUGAUUUUUGAGUUAUGGACAGCUAUGAGAAAUGUACUGCCAAAAGUUAAAUCUCAGCUUUGGUUGACGCCUGUGUGAAUACAACCUUUUCUUUCUGUGUUUUCUCUUUUGUUUUUUUCAUUAUUUGGCGUUUUGUCGUUCUUUCUCCCUGUUCCAAGAGGAAAAACUAGCAAUCUUGUGUUUGUGGCAGCGAGAGAACGCCGCGUUUUCAAUUCUCUGUCAAGUUUUAUGGUACCGAUUUGUACAAUUUUAAAAGUUCUUAUUUUAGUAUACAUGCAGAAUAUUCCAGUAUUACAACAAAAACAUGUUAAGGAGAUAAGAUUACAAAAAAAAAAUGUUACAGCAUCACACUUAUAUUUUCUGAACAUUGUACCGUCGCUUUACUAUGUGCUUCAAUCUCCGAAGCGAAAAAAAACUUUGAAAUAAAUGCUCUUUUUAUAAAAUGA